AGAUAAUAUAUCAUUUCUUUCAUUUCCCGUAUUAUUUUUCUGCUAGAAAGCCAGUUAAUAUUAGCUAUAACGUUGAGGUUUUUGGUAACGUGUGAUAGCUCAGUUGGAAAAAAAUGGAAAGUGAUAAAAUGGAAAUCUACGAAUCGCUCAUACGAUGGCUCGGAGUGCUACAGCUUAGUGCUUCUCACGAAAACGUUCAGCAGCUUAGCGAUGGUGUGGCGCUGGCUCAGGCUCUGAACCAAAUAGCCCCGGAAAUAUUUAGCGAAGGUUGGCUCGGAAAAAUCAAGGUAGACGUAGGUCACAACUGGAGGCUGAAAGUGAGCAACCUAAAGAAAAUCAUCGAUGGUGUCUACGUGUACUAUCAAGAUAUACUAAGUUUGAAUUUAUCCGAAGAACUAAGGCCGGAUGCAAUGAAAAUCGCUGAGAAAUGUGACGGUUUUGAACUUGGAAGAUUGCUGCAGUUAAUUUUGGGCUGUGCGGUGAAUUGUUUGGAGAAACAAAAAUACAUCACUCAGAUCAUGGAAUUGGAAGAAUCGUUGCAGCGUAACAUAAUGGCUGCCUUGCAGGAUAUUGAGUACGUCUGGCAGGGUGCUUCUCCUUCGAGGAACUCUAUUAAUGCAUUGAGUUUAGACGUAAAGACCCUGCAAGAAGACCGCGAUAGUUUAGCGCAAAAAUGCCACGAAACGAACAAGAAAAUGUUGAUUCUGAUUGAGGAAAAAUCAGUUCUUCAACAAGAAUUGAGCAAAUUGCAAAUACUUGUUCAGCGAUACGAAAACCCUAACACCAUCGGUGAUGACGGUACAUCACUGGGGCCCAUUCAGCUUGGUUCAUCGCGUUAUAACGAUCUACGUAAAAUUGUGGACUCCUUGAAAGAUGAUUUGCUGCAAGCGGAAACAGCGCGUGAUGAUCUGAAGAUGAAAUGCACCAUUCAGGAGAAAGAAAUUGCUGAAUUGCAGAGCAAAAUUGAAGAUUUGCACUCUGCGACGGCCGAAAUUGCUCAACUGAAGGAUGAAAUAGAUAUACUGAAGGAAUCUAAUGACAAAAUGAAAAUAUGCGAGACCCAACUGCACACAUACAAGAAAAAAUUGGAAGAUUACAACGACCUUAAGAAGCAGAUCAAGAUGUUAGAAGAGCGAAGUGCUGAAUAUCUAAAACAGAACUUGGACUACGAGGAAGAGGCGAAAAAAUAUUCCGGUCUAAAAGGACAGGUAGAACUGUAUAAAAAGGAAAUUCAGGAUCUCCAUUCGAAACUGGACUCCGAGAUGAGUAAAACUGUACGAAUCGAGUUUGAAUUUAAUCAAUUGCAUGCUAAGCUCCAAGCUGUCCAACGAGAAAAGGAGAAUCUGUUGAGCGAGCGGGAUGUACUAAGAGAAACUUGUGAUGAGCUGAAAUGCGGUCAAGCUGCGGAUGAUUCCGAAAGCGGGAACACCAUGUCCAAGGAGUUGCAACCUAGUGACGUUAGGGACAGGGUUGAACGAUUAGAAAAAGAGAACAAGGCGCUGAGAGAAGGGCAAGGAGGACAGACUGCGUUAGCGCAACUGCUGGAUGAUGCAAAUCAACGAAACGAAAAAUUACGUGAGCAAUUGAAAGCGGCCAACCAACGUAUAUUACAUUUGAGCCAAAAUCAUAGUGAUGAUAUUAGUGCAAAAAGCGACAUGGACAUCCAGCUGAAGCAAGCACUGGAAUUAAACGAGCAGCGUUCAUCACAAAUCGAUGAAGCACAAUCACAAAUGACUCAGCUGCACACGAAACUCGCCAAUUUAGAAGCUGCUCUGGCAGCCAAAGAGCACGAACUGCUGGCAGCUGAUACGCGUUACAAAAAGUGCGUGGAGAAGGCAAAAGAGGUUAUCAAAACACUUGACCCACGGGCUGUGAAUGAGGCUUUAUUAUUGGAAAAGCCAUCCCAUCAGGAUUCAGAAGGCGCGUCAUCAACAUCGACAGCAGCCAGCGGAGGUGAUGCUUCAACCCUAACGGCUGCAUCAUCAUCGACCGUAAGAGCUCCGAUGGGUGCCCAGGAAGAGCAACUGAUUGCAACCGCUUUCUACCGCUUGGGAAUGACUUGUCAGCAGGAAGCGGUCGAUUCACGGCUGGCUUUGCUUAGUGGACCCGGCCAAAGUUUUCUUUCCCGGCAACGUACGCCCGCUCCUAGGAAACCGAUGAAUAUGACAUUUGGCAAAAAAUAGAUGCAUCAAAUCAGACGCGAUACAGAGCAAAAGGCAUUCACUCGAUGCGCCUUACAAUCAUCUUUUUCCAAAAAUUUUAUAUUUUCCGACUACAUCUAUUCGAACUAAUAGCUUUUUCAAGCGGAAUGUGACGAUUAGUUUACAUUUAUAUUAUUUAUGCGCGUAUAUUAAGUUGAGCUAACUUAUAAUCAUCGACACGUGAAAGUAAAUGUGUAAAUAUAUUUCAUA